AUGGUCGCCCGUAAAAAAUCGGCAAAGUCCCACAAACGAGACAAAUCCGGCUCCCGCGAUGCAUCGGCCGCAGCCUCCACCAGGAAAGUCACCGUAGGCACGCAGAUUGCCAAGCAGAUCAUUAAAGGCCAGACGGGAGCCCCGGGGGAGUUUCGGUUGGAGGAUUUGAAUGAGGGGGUUUUGCAGGCGAGGCUGGAUACGUUGGAAAUGGAGCUGGAUGACUAUAAGAGGAAAUGCGAAGGAUUAAAGAAAGAGAACGACUGGUACCGAACCGAAAUCGAGUCUUGCCAGCAAGAUACGGCCGAAUACGUUACCUACCUCGAAUCCAAAAAGUCUGAAAAGCAGUCCGCGAUCGACUCGUUGAUCGACGGCAGCAAAAAGGAUUUCGAAGCGUUUCUGGAGAGGAAGAAGGAGAAGGAGAAGGCUAACCAGGCGCGGAUCGAUGAGCUGAAGGUUAUGAUAGCCGAUCUUGAGGAGAAGAUCGAAGUCAAACAGCAGGAGGUCAACGGCCUCUCAGAUGUCAUGGCACAUCGAGCACGGCACGAAGCGGAGAUAGCGAGCGUGCAGAAAGAGAUGCAGGAGUCCGAACGGCAGCACCGGGUACAGAUGCAAGAGUUGGAACGGACGUUGUUGGAGGAACGGAUCAAAGUGCAGAAGGAGACGGAUACAAGGAUUAGGGAGAUGGAGAGUGCUGCUCAUGAGAAAGCACACGGCUACCUCAUGUCGCACAUCGCCUCACUCGACGCCGAAAACGAAACGCUCUCAACCCACCUCCGUCACAUCGUCCAGCAAACCGAGCAUCUCCUCGCGCAAAAGCAAGAGUUAGAGCAACGGAACAAGCAGCUCGCGCGGGACGCCAUGGUAAGGAGCGAGAUGGUCCAGCUCCGACUCGCCAAGGUGCAGGACUAUGAGCUUCGGCGAGGACGGGGCCGGGAAAAGGAGAGGAAGUUGACGAGGGAGGGGCGGAAGAACGCGAUGGUGAAGUUGGCGAGGGCGAAGGAGGUGGUACAGGCGGGGCUUGGCACUACUGCGAGUGAAGGGUCAAGGCCUGGCUCGUCGCUGACGACGAUGAAGGCAGGGUCGAAGAAGCCUGGGGUGGUGGCGGAGGUCAUCUUCAAUACGUCGGCGUCUCAGGCGGGGCAGAAAGCGUUGGCGGAAUUGACCGUGGACGAGGCGGAUUUGGACUGGUCGGAUGAGGAGGACGAUGAAUAUUUGUGA